AUGAAUUCGCCCAAUUUUUUAGGUCUUAAUGCUGGAUCUAAUCAGCAUCAAACACCUUCUCAUUCUGAUAAUUUAGGAUCUAAUAAUGCAUCAAAUAGCACUUAAGUUAAAAUGAAAAAAUUAUGGAAAAAUUUGAUGGGACAUAAAAAGGCAGGAAAGCUUUUCAGGCUAGGAUUGUAGUAAUUAACAGCCAACUAGCCUGAAUAUUUUUUAGUAGUCAGCAAAAAAUUUAUCAAUCAAGGACAGCAUAGUAAGGCUUUUAACUUACUAAAGAAAUAAGUUUACAAGGAAGGCAUUGAUAUAGAGUAUAAGCCAAUUAUAAUGCAUCAUUACAUGCAUACUUGCUAUAAAUUGAUGCUUAAACUGAUUAAAAAGAAAGCUAAAGAAAUAUAAGAAAAUCAGGAAUAAUAAGAAAAAGAUCCCUUCUCAAUAGGGCCAAGCUAAAUUCCUCAUAGUCAUAAAAAAAAGCCAACUCUUACUCGUUUAGAUAAAUUAAAUACAAUCAUUGAAAUAUAGUUAGAGAAUUUAUAGAUUUAUGAAAAUCUUAUCAUAGAUUUAGUUUACAACUAUGAAUCUUUCUCCUAAUAAAAUGAUAGAAAGUAUUAAAAACUUGACAGUAAUUUUAGAAGCACAGUUUAUUUAAACAAUCCCAGUGCUAAUGUUGAACCAAUCAGCGAAAUGAUAAUAUAAGACUCUAAAUAAGGAGCUUAUUAAAGUUAAUAUAAUCAAAGCCUUUAAAGCAAGCAAGAACAAGCAGUAGGAGAAGAAGCUAUUGACACUAAACAAACAGAAAAGGUUCAAAAAAAGCAUUUUGAUGUCUAUAAAAUAGAAGCUUUUAAAGAAAACUAUUUAUUGUAUUUCCUAAAAACAAUUCUCCUUCUCUACAGGCAUUAUAAACAAGAAGGUGACAUGUAAAUGGCUCUUAAAUUUAUAGAAAAAGGAUAUUAAUUUGUUAUGAGUUUUGUUGAUUGCUUAUUUGGAGAUUUUAUCAGUAUGGAAAUUUAUAGAUUAAGUGGUGAUAUUUUAUAAGUAAGAGCUAAUACUUACUUUGAAUCUCAAAAUAUUCCUGAAGCUUUAAAGUUAUACGAUAAAGUAUUCAACUAUUACAGAUUCUCAGGUUAAAUACUCCUAAAAAAGUUUCAUUCAAAACCUCUUGAGGAAGUUGACUCUAUCCUUGAACUAAAAUGUGAGUUUUUAUUUAGCAGUCUUUCUAUUAACACAAUGAUGUAAGCUUUAUGCUAUGAACAUUUAUUCAAAUUUGAGAAAAUGAUAGAAGCACUCUAAAUUUCCGAUUGGAUUAAUAUGAAAUUUUUAGUUUACGAGUUUUCUGAUAAGCUUAGGAGUCAUGUUUCAGAGUUGUUAUCAGAUGCUAAAUAAAAAUAUAGUACGUUUUUAGAAGAAAAAGGUGAAAUAAGGAGAGUACUCUUGUAGGCUUUUCCAGAUUUACAGCAACUUGAAAAACAAUCUGUUUAAGAUAACGAAUAAAAUUUAAUUAAUAAAAUAAAUAACUACUUGUAUGAAAAAGGAAAUAUAAAAAAUUUAAACUAAAACAUUUUUAUCAUUCACAAAAAACAAGUGCAGAAUCCUAUGAUAAUUGUUUAGUAGUAAGAAGGACAAUAAUUGAACAGUUAAGAAAACUUUGAUUAAAUAAACUCUUAUAUGAUUUCAAAAGACUAAACCCUUAGUUAUAAUAAUGUUUCAAAUAAAAAUCUCAGUCAACUAGGAAUUCAUAGUCCUGAAAGAGUGAAAGAUAUUGGUUCUUAAAGCUUCAGUGAUGUGUAUAAUAUGAAUAGCUUAAAUUUAUUAUCAAAUCAUAAUAAUUCUACUACGAUCGGAAUGGGAAAUUCUACUACAAAUAAUUCCAGUUUGAAUAAUCAUCCAUCAUAAUUCUCUAAUCAGACUGGAAACUUUAGAAGAACUCCAUCUGCACAUCUAUAAAGUGGUUAUAUUCAAAAUUACAAUUCUCCCAAGCAACUAUCUUCUUAAUCACUAAAUUAGAAUAUCACAGCCGGUGGGUAUUUAAGUUAAAACCCUAAAGUUGGGGUUUCUUUACAUCAAAUCAACGAAAUUGAACCUUUAAAUGACUAUGGUAUCAGUAGCAAGAGACCUUCAGCUCUACAAGUCAGCAAUAAAGAGACUCCUCUUAGCAAUUAUAAUAAUCGAAAUAGUUUUAAAAUUUCUCACUCUUAAUCUACUAAAAAUGUGAACGAUAAAGAAAAGGGAUUUUUCUAAUCCUCUCAAUCUUCAGGAAUGAGUCUACAAAAAAGGUAUAGCACAGGUAAUUUGGUGAUCAGGAGCAACAGACCUACUCAUGAAUAACCUGCUCCACUCUAUACGAGAGAGCAUAGUGAAUAAUUUAAACCUAAAAUGCUUACAACAAAUAAAUAUUUCUAAAAAGAAACCUACAUCUCAAAGUCUUCAAAAACACUAUCUGAUUUCAAAGAAGUUACUCAAAAUUGUAUUGAAUAAGAACAAAAAUUCCAUUAUCUAAACUUGCUCCCAAUUAAAUCAAAAUUAGAGAAAAACUAAGGAGUCUUAAGCCUUGAUUAUGCUAUGGAAAACCUCAUCAAAGAAAAAAUUAUCUAAUAUGAAAUUAAAAAUUUAUAGCAAUCUCUAAAACAUCAAACAGCAACUAGUACUGCUUUUUCUUCUAAUAUGUCUAAUUCAUUAUAAAAUCAAAUUAAUAACCUUCAGCAUAGGUACUCACAUCAUGAAACAUAACAACCAAAAAGUCCGAUUUAUUCUGAAAUUUAAAUAAAUACUCUUUCACCUCAAUCAAAUUAAUUAGUAACUGAAGUUAAUAAUUAAUUUUUAAACAAAGAUUCCAGUAAAAAAGAUAUAUUUUGUGACCGUGCUUUAGCUAAGUAAAUAAGAAAUCUUAUGAAUAGUUUAAAUAUAAGCAGCGAAGAUCAAGUUUUGAUUAUAAAUGAUUUAGAAUCUAAAUUUGAGGCUGAAAAGCGUUCUCUUUUUUCAUCUUCCAAAAAUAAUUAAUCUAAAGUAAGCUAGCAAGGUUGGACUACAGAUAAAAUUUUAGAUGAACUCCUUAAAAGCAUCAACAUUUUGGGUGAAAAUGUAAACACUUACAAUUAAAGAUUUUCUCAGUUCUUGUUGACUAUUAAGGAUGAAGAUUUUGAUAAGAGUGAAUUCUACACUUGUCUCAAAAAAUUACAGUUUAGAUAAAGGAUGGGUAAUGGUAUUAUUCCUCAGUUUUUUAACGAGAGAGAGCAGCCUCUUGCUCGUAUUCAAGAAAGAAGAAAAAUAGAUGAUGAAUAUGUAGUGGUUUAAAGUGGAGGUGAAAGAAUGGUAGAAAUUAUGUCUGAUCAUAAAAUUAUUAAAAAUUUAUUUUUGGAUGAAGGAAAUACCAACGAGGGAGCUAAUGCAAACUAAAAGCCAACUACGAAAGAAGAUAAACAUGAAAAUAGCUUAAAUAAUAAAGAGCAAAUUGGCACAAAUAGACAUGUGACUUACAAUACAGCAGUUUCAAUACUAGGUAAUCAAAAAACUUCGAGCAAAGUUUUUGAGCCAAAUGAUGAGCAGAAAAAUGAAUCUCCUAGCAAACCAAUCUACAAAUAAAAAAAGAAGAAAAUGUAGCCAACAAAAACUUCGACUCUAUCAGAUAUACCAUUAUUCGGCUCUAGUGAUUCUAGUGUUGAAAAAAUGAUGCAGUUUGGACAAAAUAAAUAACAAAAAGUCAAUUAUUUUUAAAAGUCUCAAGAAGCUCUCAGAUAGAUGGUUUUAAAAAGCGAAUAGGAUUACGAAUAAAUGUAAAAGGAGAUACUAAAUCCCAAAAGAAAUAAAAUCAACUCUCACAGAAAUAAAAGCUUAUAAUUUGCUAAUUUCACUAACAAGUUAGCUUUUUCUACAGGCAAAUAUAAUUAGAAAGAAAAAAUUAAAAAAGCUGGUGGUAAACUUGAUCUUAUAGAUUUUAUGAGAAUUUAGAAUAAAUGGAGAUAAAAGGUCCAAGAAAAGCAUGGAACUGUUAUAUCUAAUGGUACAUCUGAAGCAGGAAGUGAUUCUCCUAGCACAAACUUAGCACACAAACUUUAAAAGGCAAGUAGAAAUUUUAUACUAGCUCAUGCUAUGAGUGGUAUUCAAUCUUCUAUAUUUGGGAAAGCUAACACAAUCGAGCAAAACAGAGAGCUUUGA